AGUGUUUACAUGAGAACCAAUGUUGAUGUAGUCUACGCUCUGUUCUGUUGUCGCUGUUGCUGUGUGGUCCGCCAAGACAGCGCUCAACAGGCCUCCAUGAGGUCACGGUACAACUAAACGGGCUUAUAGCAACAACUGAGCCUCGACCCCGCCACCUGAAUUCUCGAAACACAACCAUAGCACAAACUUGGGCUUCGGCUUUGAUAUUUUUUGCUCCAUCUCGGGUCCUGGUCUCGUCACCUCCAGGAGAUGACCACCACGUUCACGUCUAUCCUUGGAAGCCAUUGUCAAUUGGCCCGUCGUCUUGUCGUAUCUACUCAGCGCAACGUCCCCGAUCAGCUUCGUAUCACGCAUAUCCAGUCUCAGCAGGACUCGAUGCCUUGGUCCCUGUACCCUUACGGAAACGAGGAUCAUGGCAGAUUUAGAAGAAGUGUCUUACUCUCAUGAGGAGGAUGAGGAACAGCUAUGGAGUGAACUUGACAAGUGCGUUUCGAGCAAAUGCGAUUCCCACGAAACGAUCGACGAUGCCCUGCGCACAUGGAUAGAUUUAACGACACGCCUCCGCGACCUUCUCUACGAAUCUCAGGAAGAAAUCAUUACUUGCACGCGGAUGCUCCUCGCCAGCGAUCUAUUUCAGGCCAACAAAGACUAUGUUCGCACUCAGAUUAUCUACAGCUUACUUCAAGAAGAUGAGGCUGGGCCUCUGCAUGCUAUUGUUUCUCUUCUUCUCCUCGACGGGUGCCAGGAUGAGACCAUGUUCCCUCGCAUGGUGAACGAAGCUUGCUUCCCCCGACUUUUGGAGCUGAUCAAUGGUCGCCGAGAUCAGGACCCCGGUCUGCAUCGCCUUCUUCUGCAGCUUAUGUACGAGAUGUCGCGUAUGGAACGACUUCGAGUCGACGAUUUGACUAUGGUGGACGAUGAAUUCGUCCAUUACCUUUUCGCAUUGAUUGAGGAGUUGUCAGACGAUGCGCAUGACCCUUAUCAUUAUCCCACCAUCCGAGUUUUGCUUGUCUUGAACGAACAGUAUAUGCUUGCGUCGACCGAAGUCGGCGAUUCUGCUUCUCCCAAUUCGCCCCUGACGAACCGCAUUGUGAAGUGCUUAAGUCUUCAUGGGGCGUCGUUCCGAACGUUUGGUGAAAACAUCAUUUUGCUCCUGAACCGAGAAACCGAAACAUCACUUCAGCUACUCAUUUUGAAGCUUCUGUAUUUGCUAUUCACGAACAAGGCGACAUACGAAUACUUCUAUACGAACGACUUACGAGUACUUUUGGACGUUAUUAUUCGAAAUUUGAUGGAUUUGCCAGAUGAAAAAAUGUCCUUGAGACACACAUACCUACGAGUCCUUUACCCGUUAUUGGCACAUACGCAACUCAGCCAGCCGCCUCACUAUAAGCAGGAUGAGAUUCUGCGUGUGCUGAACAUUCUCCGAGGCUCGCACAAUGUUCACUUUGCACCAGCAGACGACACAACUCUUCGUCUGGUCGAGCGUGUAUCAAAGGUCAAGUGGAUAGAAGAAGCCCAAUCCCCCACGGUAGGACCCGGCGAGGCUGAAGUCGCCCGCAGAUUCCUCGGCAUCAGCCUAUCACGCUCGCAAACCGCCAGUAGUAUCAGUGUAAGCGACGUCGCGGCCGUUAAGGAGAAGCCGGGAGUGCAGACACCGAGUCGAUCAGGCGAUGGAGGCGACGUUGCUGCAGAUGACGAGAACGUCACAAUAGCUGCUCGACCCAAGAAGCCUUUGCCAGAGGUGCCAAAACAUCGCCAUGGAGUACCAUUUGCGCAGAAGUUUGUCAACGGGGGGCCGAAGAAGACACCCCCAAAGGCGCCGCCGCCGCGACGAUGGGGACGGAUGAAGACGGUUGAGAAGCCCCCUGCUGACCCGGUUCAGGAAACAGUUCCAGAGCAGGAAGCUUGAUACUAGUGGACAACUGUUAUUCUCCAGGGCAUGAACUUCAAAACAGUAACAUCCCGCUGGGCGGAGGGCACCGGUCGAUAACAAUCACUGUGCGCUAGGGGAGACUCGGUUUGACGAUGGCGUUUGUGGAGCUUUCUACUGUACUUGGCUGGACACAAAGCAUAAGGCACGGCGUUUUUGGGUGGUUUUGGAAUCGGUCUUGGUAAUGGGUUUGGGGAGAUUGUAAGUA